CGCAGAGCUGCGUCUCGGAACCGGACUGGGAAACCAGAACCAGUCGGCUUGGGGAAAUUUUGAGUAAAAAAAAAACAAAAAACAAAACCCGGAUGUGGGGAAGCAGAGCGUACUGUAGUUCUACGCUUAAGCCGUCAUAUAUAACACUAGCGUAAGUUACGUAUUUAAAUGUGAUGUAGCCGAUAGGCACUGACUGGACAGGCGGUGAAGAGAGGUCGCUGACGGACUGUGCGCACUGCUGAGUGGACAGCAGGGUUUCUCGCUGUAUAUUUAAGCUUGGACGGGCUCCUGACAGCAGGUUCGCACUUCUUCUGCAGUGCAGCUCGUCAUCACCAUCAUAACCAGAUGCCCUCCGCCGGACCGGACCCGUUCAGUUUCAUGCCUUCCAACCUGACCGGAGCUUGAGCCGAAGGAUGCAGGUUAAAAACCAGAUCUGCACAGAGCGGAGCAGCAACGACGACCCGGAGCAAGAUGACAAUCAGAAGAAGACCUCGUGUUUUUCCAACAUUAAGAUAUUCCUGGUGUCGGAAUGUGCUCUCAUGUUGGCACAGGGCACCGUGGGCGCCUAUCUGGUAAGUGUUCUGACCACUCUGGAGAGACGCUUCAACCUCCAGAGUGCAGAUGUGGGUGUCAUUGCCAGCAGCUUUGAAAUCGGCAACCUGGCCCUCAUCCUCUUUGUCAGCUACUUUGGCGCCAAGGCUCACCGGCCCCGGCUGAUUGGCUGCGGUGGCAUUGUCAUGGCGUUGGGGGCCUUGCUGUCAGCCCUGCCAGAGUUCCUGACUCAUCAGUAUGAGUACGAGGCUGGUGACUCGUGGCAUGCCGAGGAUGGCAGGGAUGUCUGCUCCAACAUCUCCAGGUCAGAGAACAGAGACUCUGGGUUUAAAUGUGGUAAUCGAGCCAACACCAACAUGAUGUACCUUCUGCUCAUCGGAGCCCAGGUCCUGCUGGGCAUUGGGGCAACACCUGUUCAGCCCUUAGGAGUGUCCUACAUUGAUGACCAUGUCCACAGAAAAGACUCCUCACUGUAUAUAGGUAUCCUAUUUUCAACUUUAGUGUUCGGCCCAGCUUGUGGCUUCAUCUUAGGAUCUGUCUGUACCAAAGUUUAUGUUGAUGCUGUUUUCAUUGAUACCAGUACGCUGGACAUCACCCCAGAUGACCCUCGCUGGAUCGGGGCGUGGUGGGGCGGCUUCCUCCUGUGUGGUGCCUUACUCUUCCUGUCCGCCCUCUUCAUGUUCGGUUUCCCCCAGGCGCUGGAUGAGCAGGACAUGGACAGUGGAGCUGAGAGUGAGCAGGCCAUGCUGCCUUCUUCCCUGAGCCUGGAGUUCCAGGGCUCUAAACCCAAUGGAGCCAUUCAUGGCUUUGAUAUAAACAGCGGACUCUCAGUCUGUCAGCAUCUGAGAGUGAUCCCCCGGGUUACCAGGCACCUUCUCUCCAAUCCAGUGUUCAGCUGCAUCACGCUGGCAGCCUGCAUGGAGAUCGCUGUGGUUGCUGGCUUUGCUGCCUUUCUGGGCAAAUACUUAGAGCAGCAAUUCAACCUUACAACAUCCUCAGCUAAUCAGCUGCUAGGUAUGACGGCCAUCCCCUGUGCCUGUCUGGGAAUCUUCCUCGGGGGACUCCUGGUUAAGAAAUUGAACCUGUCAGCUCUGGGUGCCGUCCGCAUGGCCAUGCUGGUCAAUCUGGUGUCCACUGCCUGCUAUGUCUCUUUUCUCUUCCUGGGCUGUGACACUGGACCUGUCGCUGGGGUCACAGUGGCCUACGGCAAUGAGACGUUGCAGUCUUGGCAGCAGCCUGAGUCAGCAUGCAUUAGUAACUGUAACUGUUACACUGCAUCGGUGAGCCCUGUCUGUGGCUCCAAUGGAGUCACCUACCUCUCAGCCUGUUUCGCUGGCUGUACCAAACCAAACCUGACCAACUGUGCGUGUAUAUCCAGCAACAGCGAAGAAGCAGUGGCUUUACCAGGAAAGUGUCCCAGCCCAGGCUGUCAGCAAGCCUUCCUCACCUUCCUGUGUGUUAUAUGUGUGUGCAGCAUGAUUGGCGCUAUGGCCCAGACACCCUCUGUCAUCAUCCUUAUCAGAACUGUCAGUCCAGAGCUUAAAUCCUACGCCCUUGGUGUUCUGUUCCUGCUUCUAAGACUAAUAGGCUUCAUCCCUCCCCCUCUGAUCUUCGGCAUGGGCAUCGACUCCACCUGUCUGUUCUGGAGCUCCGUCUGCGGCGAGAAGGGAGCCUGCAUGCUGUACGACAAUGUGGCCUACAGGCAUUUGUAUGUCAGCAUCGCCAUCGUUCUCAAGUCAUCGGCUUUCCUCCUGUACACCACCACAUGGCAGUGUCUGAGAAAGAACUACAGGAAAUACAUCAAAAACAACGAGGGGUACCUCACGCCCACCGAACUCUUCGCCUCCAACGUGACUCUGGACAAUUUGGGAAAAGAUAUCACGCAGAACCCAACCAACAGGACAAAAUUCAUAUACAACCUGGAGGACCGUGAGACAUGUGACAACAUGGAGUCUGUUUUAUAGUGCUGGUCUGCACUGGGGCUGCAGACCGGAGCCGUUAAUGUGCAACAGACCUGAAGCGUGAUGUUUCUGAGUUCAGAGAAAAGUCCUCAGUAAAGUUCCAGUCUUCUUAUCAUCCAAAACAUGACACGUAUUGAAAAAGAGAAGAUUCCCCAAAUUUGCCACGCCCACGUUUUUGUCAGCUGAAAUUAAGCUGGCUUUAAGAAAAUUGCUUUUACUUUUUUUUUUUGCAAAGUUGGAAUAGAAAGUGAAGAGGAAAGAGGGGGAAAAUCACAUGCAAUAGAUUACUGCUGACGAAAGUUUAGUUCAAAGUUUUGGAUUUACUAUACCAGAGUUUAUGAAAUGGUUUAUUUUCCUUUAGUAUUUCUCAGGUAUGGUAUAUCAGAAAAUGCAAAAAGGGUGACAGUAAUCAAUUUUCAGUCCAUCUGCAGUGCAUCUGAGGAUCUCUACAGGAGACUUCUUAGCACAUUUGUUGUAAACCCUUUAUUAGGUUUCGACUCCAUCCAAAACCAGUUAACAAGCCCUUUUCACUGCAGUCAUUUUGAUAUUGAGCAUGCACAAUACCAGAGCCUCUGCCCAUGUACACGUAUGGGACAGAGCCACUAUUGUUGUGAUUAAUCACAUCCGUGUUUACCCUGCAAUAACAUGUCAGCGUGGCUGCUAUGAAAAGGGCCCGUUUCUAAGCCAGUAUACAAUUACUGUACGUUUCUUCAACCUUAACCCCGGCAGUGACUCAAACAGACAUACAACAAGCAAUGAAAAAGAAAUCAAAUGGUUCAAAAGGUGCAGAAGUUUACAGCAAUAUAGAAAACUGAUUUAUUUAUUUAGCUCCUGCCACCAAUUAUUGCAGGUCACAUUUUCCACAAAACGUGGAUUAUCCCACUUUGAAAUGGUUAAAAUGUGAAAGAGGUUUCUAACAUUUUUCAGAGAUAUAAGAGACAAAUUCUUUCAUCAUAGCUUUCGGUGUUUACUUUAGUCGAGAAAGUUGUUGGAAAUAUGUGAAGUUUUGGCACUGAUACUCGACCAAAGUCUGAGAUUAUAUUUUAGUUUCGGAGCCACAAAACGUUUCAGUUUUUUUUUUUUUUUUUACUUGACAUUUAUGAAAAUUAGAUGCAGCUUCUGACAGGUAAUCAGAAUAAAAGCUUAACUGUUAAAGUUUAAAUAAUAGCCUGACUCAAAGGAACAGAGUAAGAUGGCUUUUUCAUUAAUGUUUAGACGAGAUGCACGUGAUCAGAUUCAGUAAAUGAACCUGUAACCUUUCCUAAAUCACUGAUUCAACAAUGCUCAUGCCAACUGCAAACAGAUGCAGAAUAAGAGUUUGUAAUGUAAUUUCACUCUUGGGGACAUCGUUUGCAGCAUUGAUGCAUGAAAUACAAAGCAACAAAUAUAACAAGCAGGAGACACUGCAAAUAAGACACUCCAGGUACAUUAUUUAGGAGGGCCAUAGCAGGUGGCAGCUGUGGGGAAGGAAGCUUUUACCAAGAGCACCAGUAUGACUAGUGAGCUCACACUGAGUGAAAGUGAGAGUGUGAAGGCCUUUAUGUGGAAUACCAAGUCAUUGUAUUGAGACUGUUGAUUGUAGUGGCUAGCUGUCAACAGACACAGCAUAGCAUGACGCACAGUGUCCAGCCAGAAUGAGUUCAUUAAAAAGCAUGCUGGUAAUGCAUGCACAUAAAAAUAAAAUAUGUUCAGAAUGAUGUCACUAUAUUGCACAGACUCUGUGGUUUGUUGGCCAUUGUAAUGGUUAAAUAUACAUUUAACUCGAAUGGCCUCCAAAUUCUAUUUUUGACCAUGGAACAGCUUUAUAAUGCAUACUGCAUUGUGAUGAUGACUUUUUUUUCUUCUUCUUUUAAAUCAAACCUCAGCUGUCACAAUCACUCACACUGAAGUGAUUGUCUACAUGCAGAUACAAUACAGCUUUUUGUUCAAGAAUUCAGCUGGAUUCUGAUUUUUGACAUAUCCACUUUAUAUAUAGUGUUUUUCUUCUGGCUUACUCUGUAAGUAUUUAAUAUGUUUUGCAUCAAAAAUCCAGAGAGCAAUCAUCACAAUACGUUUCAUUUUUAAAAUGCAUAUACCCUUUGAGGCUUUGGGAAAUACGCUUUUGGGAAAUUCUUUUCCUAGCCAGAGUUAGAAAGACAGGGUUGAUAAUACUCCGGCCGGCUGUACAGUAAGUACAAAGGUAGAGCUAGCUGUCAGUUAGCUUGGCUUUGUAUAAAGACUGAAACUGAACUGAGUACCAGGCUCAGUCCAAACUUCGAAACAAUCAGUCUAUUCAAGUCAUUUUAUUAUACUAACAUGUUAGACCUACAUUGUCUUUGUAUACUUUGUAUACAAAAACUGAAAUGUCAAAAUUGGGGUUUAUUUUCUCAGGUUUGGGCCUGGAAAUCAGUGCAGCCUACCAAGAAAUGCCCAUGAAAUUAGAACUUGUUAGUUUUAUGCCUUAGGUGUUGCAUAUAUGAAACAAAAAUGUUAAUAGGUUAUCUUUAAAGGUGCUGGUCAGUAGAUUAUGUCAUCAUAGCCCGGUUAGCUGCUCUGCUUUACCUGUUUGUGCUAAAUUAAGCUAACUACUGGUUAUAGAUUCACAUAAGAAAAUCUGUAUGUUUAGCUUGUUUCCCAAAAUUUCAAACUGUUCCUUUAAGCUAGCUUUGAAAAGGUUCACAAAUUCUUUUUGCCACCACCAGUGUCUCAAGAGUCAUUUAUUAAGAGUAAAUACAUGCACAUUACUUGUAGGUCUACAGCAUUUUAAGUUUCAUAUGCAAUGAACCAAAAGAACAAGAUUUAAACUCUACAUAUAAACUCUACACUAAUAAAUACUUUUAUUUUGGAUGCACAUUACUUGUAGGUCUGCAAUAUAUUGAGUUUCAUAAAUAAUUAACCAAAAGAAUAAGAUUUAAACUCUAGAUUGAUGCUGCUAUAGCUUCAAAAGUGAUAAAAAAACACAGUGGGAAAAUAAAACAACAGAUCAGUGCUUUAUGAACCUAUGUUGACCACAGAGACACGCUAAACCACAUCACGUCAUUGUCUUUGUGGAUUUUCUUAGAAUAGAAUAUAAACAAGUUGAGAUUUUUUUUUUUUAUAGUGAGAGAACUUUUCGGCACUGAUUAGUCGGUGCCUGUUUUCAAGCUCAAAAUCUAACGACGGUGGAAAUAUUGGCUCCAAACGGGAUAUUUGGGGUAAUGCUGAGCUGUACAAAUAAUCCAAAAGAAACAGGGUGGGGCACCUUCUGGCCACCAUCUCCUCGUCAGCAAUCCCAAACAGGUGGCGCUGUCUUUGAUAUUUAUAGCACCCCAGUGUGUCUAGUGUUGACUCCUCUGUACAUAAUAGUGCCAUAAAAGUGCCGAAGUGACACCAUAGAAGUGUUCUGUGACGUCCUGCAGAGAACUUUGUCUGAACACGCUGGAGGUCAAAGCAGAUCCUCCGGUUGUAUGUAGCCUUUUUGUGAUAUCCCUCAACUUACUUUCACCACAUCAUCCUAAAGUGUCCCAAAAAUAUAUUGCCUAUAGAAUAUUGUACAUUGGUCUAGAAAACAGUAACAUUUAGGAUGUAAUAACUGUUAAUAUGUAGAAGUUUUCUACUAGUGAAGGUAUUGUCGAAUUUAGAUUGAAUUCUCUUUCCAUCAGUGACAAAGCUGAUAACUGUUGCUUUGGUACAAUUGAAAACAAUACUUUGCUCGAACGUAUUGUUUUUAUUACUGUGGCACCGAUGUUGAGCUGUAGUCUGAAUUUGUACAGUAGAUGAGGCUGACUGUAGAAGAUCAGCCAAACUUCACUGAUAGCGGUCCUGCAACUGUGCCUGGAUGCGAAGCUCUACUCUAAGACUUUAUGAUCGGAGCUCAUGUUGUGCCAUAUCAACCUGUGCACUGUAACAUUCAACACUUGCAAAGAAGAAAACAACAUAUUUUAGGUCUGUCCGACAAGUGCAAGGGCAGCAGCAUUUGCUUGACCUUGCAUUGACCUGUGGCAACAGGACUGUUUUCUUUUAGCACCUCAAUGUGCUCAAGACGUUUUGCCUUGUGAUGGAAAAUAACUUUAAAGCUUAAAUGUUUUUUUUUCAUCCUAUUAUUUUCAUUCAUCUCUUUUGAUGGCCUUGCCGUGUGGUAACAACAAUUUGACUUUUAUAAAGGACUUUUAGUGGCAGGAGUAUUGACCUAUGAAGAGUUCACUACCAAAAUAUGACAUCUGCAAGGAAAAAAAAUAUUAUCUAUGGUGGUUAAAGACACAUUUUGCCAACAAUAAAUAUGUUUCCUGGUUAAAAAAAA